ACAUUCCCUGAUCCCCAUACACAUCAUCAUUCCUCCCCUUUCAUCUAUAAAUACCAAGCAAAUAUUAACUUGAUCCAUCCAUAUUCAGCAGAGAGAGAGAGAGAGAGAGAUGGUACCAUCAAGGGUUUCCAGGGAACAAAGGAGAAUAGCCUUGAGGAGAAAGCUUCAUAUUCUGCGAAAACUUACCAACUCUAAAUCAGUGAAAAAGAGCUCAAUCAUCAUGGAUGCUUUUCUCUACAUCUACAAGCUCAAACUCCAACUAGAAGCUAUCAGAAGAGAAUACCAAAACCUCAUCAAUCAUAUCCAAGAAGUGAAAGUAGAGAAGUUUGGGACACAGUUUUUGGUGAGAGUGACAUGCAAGAAGGGAAAAGACUUGCUGGUUUCAAUUAUCGAAGCGUUUGAAAACCUAAAUCUCAAUAUUUUUCAAGCCAAGGCUGCGUGCAAACACUUCUUUUUCAUGGAAGCAGUUGUUGAAGAUGAAGAUCAAGUUUUGGAUGUGAAAGAUGUAACUGAAGCUGUGAUGACAGCCAUUCAGAAGUAGCAAUGAUAUGGCCAUGUAAUGCAGCCGUUAAAGCGCGGUGCGCGCGAUGCUCGAGCCUCUAAGUUAUCUUGUCUUGCUUUUAA